UUACCUUGUUGAAUUUAUAGCGAAGCGUUGUCAAAAUUGUGCCAAAGCAAUUCGACAUCCGAGCUACAAUACACUGGGUUCGAGCUCUAAAUGUUAGAAUCAAGUUUCUAUCUGCUCCAAAUCCUUAAGUGUUGUAGCUCAGCUUUCAGAGAUCCAGUAAGUAUUGACGGAGGGGAAAAGGUGCGACAAAUAGAGGAAGGGCUGGAUGAGGCUGAGGUGGAGAGCUCAAGAAGUGGAGGAAGUGGGGAAGGCAGUGAGGGGGUAGAGGUUUCUUCUAAUAUUUUGGAAGUGGAUGACAAUAGCUUGAAGUGCUAUGACAAGGGAGAGGAGAUAAUGUCCGAAGUGACGAGGUACGAGGCCUUUUGGAAGAGUAGGAAAGACCUAUCACACUUGGUAGAUAAUUAUGGAAUUUCCUCACACAUCUUGCUAAGGCUAGCUGGGGUUGAGGAGAGAGCUUGCUCAGUUCUGUGUGACCAUUGGAUGCCCAUGUAUGGAGACUAUCUGGGGGCAAGGUUGAGGUUCCCCAUUCUUGAGCUGCUAGGGAGGAUGAACGCAGAGGUUGAAGCUCUGUUUAAAUGGGGGUUGAAGAAAGCUAACUUGAAUAAGUACAAGUUAGGGGAGGGGGAACAAGAAGAGGUGAAGAGGUUGGUGAGGGUGGGGGGCGAGGUGUUAGAUGUGAUGCAUUUAACAAGCUCGAAGAUGAUAGAGGCUGUCGAGCUAUAUGGGAGAAGCUCCCUUAGUGAAGGAGACAAAUCGUAUGCUUGCUGGUGCUGGGGGAAUUCUUCCUUAGAAGAAGUUAUAGACCCCCGUGGCCAGUUGCUGAACCUACAAGGGAACAAGAGGGAACGACUGGACAGAAAAGGAAGUGGGUGGAGUAGCAACAACAGCAAGAGCAAGGCAAGAAUGGCGGCCAAGCACUUCAUCAAUUCCACCUUUCUUGAGGUGGACUUGCAUGGUGGGGUUGAGGUCAUGCGCCACACCCUUGAGUUGAGAGAGGAGUUAGCAUCAAUGAAGAAAGCUGUCAAGCUUGCCAAGAAGAAAAAGAAGAUAUGCAAGGAUGAGCUCUACAAGAGGGACAAAGUGUUGGAAGAGAUAGUUGACCUCUAUAGGCUUGCCACCAUGGUUUUGGCUUUUAUUGACUGCAAGAAGAAGGUAAAAGCCCAGUAUUUGGAGGUAGAUGUGACAUCAAUCACAUUCGAGCCUCAAGAGGGGGGAGUGGAGGAGGACGGAGAGAGUAAAACUGCUAACUUUCGUCUGAAGGUAAAACUAAAGUGGAAUCGAGAUGAAAGUGGGCGGAUUGUCUCUCCUCUAGAGUUAGAGUAUGAGUUUAUAGCUAAGGACGAUGAGGCUAAGGUUGUUGGUGAUCUAGAGGUUGUGGACAAUGUCCAAAAUCAAGAAGUGGACCAAGAGCACCAAAUCAUAGAUUGACUUCUGCAGCUCAUCUUUGUAAUUUAGCUCACCUUAGAAAAUCCUUUGUUUUUGGUUGUAUUUUGAGAACAGUAUUUUUACAUGAUAGUUGUAUAACAAUAUAUUCGUUUAUUAGGAAUAGAUUUUGAAUAUUUAGGUUGGACUGUUAACCUUGGUUUUGGAAAUUAAAGUGUGACUUAAUCU